UAGCCCCCGCCGGCCGGCCCGGAUCGGUCUCUCUCUCUCGCCGCGCACCGCACCCUCCGAUCUCUGCCUCUCUGUAAACUCUGUUCCGAUCCGACUCCAUUCUCCCUGCAGCUGGGUUCGUCUGACCGCGCCGGAGGAUGGACCAGCCGCCGAACGCCUUCGCCGCCGGAGGUCUUUUUGGUCAGCACAUUGAUGGGCAAAAUGCUUCUCCGCCUUCUGUAAUUGUGAUUGGUGGAGGGAUUUCAGGCAUUGCAUCUGCUCGUGCACUGUCAAAUGCUUCAUUUAAGGUCACAUUGUUAGAGUCGCGAGACCGACUUGGUGGCCGUGUGCAUACUGACUAUUCUUUUGGCUGCCCAAUUGACAUGGGAGCAUCUUGGUUGCAUGGUGUAUGCAAUGAGAAUUCUCUGGCGCCAUUGAUUAGGCUUCUUGGGCUUAGAUUAUAUCGCACCAGUGGUGAUAACUCUGUGCUUUAUGACCAUGAUUUGGAGAGUUACGCUCUCUUUGAUAAGGAUGGUCGUCAAGUCCCCCAGGAGAUAGUAACCAAAGUCGGGGAAAUAUUUGAGCAAAUUCUGAAAGAGACGGUGAAAGUUAGAGAUGAAAAUGCAAACGACAUGCCUCUUGUUCAAGCCAUCUCAAUUGUGCUUGACAGGAAUCCACAUCUAAGGCUUGAGGGUUUUCAAUAUGAAGUAUUGCAGUGGUGCAUUUGUAGAUUGGAAGCAUGGUUCGCUACGGACGUGGAUAAUAUAUCUUUGCAAAAUUGGGAUCAGGAACAUGUUCUUACUGGUGGACAUGGGCUUAUGGUGAAUGGCUAUGAUCCGGUUAUCAGAGCACUCUCUCGAGAUCUUGAUAUCCACCUGAACCACAGGGUUACCAAAAUCAUCCAGCGGUAUAAUAAAGUGAUUGUAUGUGUGGAAGACGGGACAAGCUUUGUUGCAGAUGCUGCUAUAAUAACGGUCCCUCUCGGUGUACUCAAAGCAAACAUCAUCAAGUUUGAACCUGAACUCCCAGACUGGAAACUAGCAGCGAUCACUGAUCUUGGUGUUGGCCUCGAGAACAAGAUAGCCCUCCGGUUCGACACAAUAUUUUGGCCAAAUGUAGAAGUACUGGGUAGGGUUGCACAAACAUCGAAUGCCUGUGGUUACUUUCUUAACCUUCACAAAGCCACAGGGCAUCCAGUCCUUGUAUGCAUGGUGGCAGGCAGAUUCGCCUACGAAAUGGAGAAGCUGUCGGAUGAAGAAUCCGUUAACUUUGUCAUGUCACAGCUCAAGAAAAUGCUACCAUGUGCCACUGAACCGGUUCAGUAUUUGGUUUCACGGUGGGGAACCGACCCAAAUUCACUCGGUUCCUACUCAUGCGACUUGGUGGGGAAACCAGCUGACUUGUAUGAAAGAUUCUGUGCUCCGGUGGGCAACCUGUUUUUCGCCGGGGAGGCCGCCUGCAUCGACCACUCUGGGUCCGUGCACGGUGCGUAUUCAUCAGGUAUUGACGCUGCAGAGGACUGCCGAAGGCGCCUCUCGACUCAGCUAGGUAUCUCCGAUCUGUUCCAGGUCGGCAAGAUUGCCAUGAGGGAGGAGAUGGCUGAAGUCAUGGUCCCCCUCCAGAUAUCCAGGCUGUGAGAGAACAAACCUGUCUAUUUAGCACCAUGUUGUUCUGUUAACAUCGUAGCUGAUUCGUGUGCCGUAUAUGCCUCCAAAACUAGACAAUCUCUCUGUUUGAUCUUUGAUGUAACUCUGAAUAACAUGCAGAAUUAAUCUCUCUGAUGUCAUUGAUAUUGCUCUUUUCAUCAAUUAUGUGGUACUCUUA